UGGGCAGCCCCAUUCCGCAGCCGGGGCUGGUGGGGCUUCGCUAUCGAAGGGCGGAGGAGCGGGAGGAGACUGCUCGCUGCCCGGACGCCUCUGGGUCCUUCCCGGCGCCACCUGUGAUGCUGACGCUGGAGCAGCGGACCGGGAACGGCGAUGCGCGCACAGGGCACACGUUGAGCAGGGGAAGACGCCGGGCGCCUGCAGGAGGAGGAGGAGGAGGAAGAGGUGUUUGCAUGAAGAGCGAGCUCCGGAACAAACACCCAGCAGGGGGGACUUGGGUACCCUGACACUGUGGAGUUGUGCAGCAUCCAGACUAGCAGAACCAGGUUGCCUUUACGUGUAGAUAGUGGCCCCCUGCUGAAAUCACCAUGAGUAGUACCCUCUCCCCCACUGACUAUGACAGUCUGGAGAUCCAGCAGCAAUACAAUGACAUCAAUAACCGCUGGGAACUGGCUGAUGAAGACUGGGACAAUGAAAACAGCUCCGCUCGUCUUUUUGAGCGCUCCCGCAUCAAGGCGCUUGCAGAUGAGCGAGAAGCUGUGCAGAAGAAAACCUUCACCAAAUGGGUCAACUCUCACCUGGCCCGAGUCACUUGCCGUAUCAGUGACCUGUACAGUGACUUGCGGGAUGGACGGAUGCUGCUGCGCUUGCUGGAAGUUCUCUCAGGGGAGCAGCUGCCCAAACCAACCAAAGGCCGGAUGCGCAUCCACUGCCUGGAGAAUGUAGAUAAGGCCCUGCAGUUUUUAAAGGAGCAGCGUGUUCACUUGGAGAACAUGGGUUCCCAUGACAUCGUUGACGGUAACCACCGCCUGACGCUGGGCCUCAUCUGGACCAUCAUUCUCCGCUUCCAGAUCCAGGACAUCAGCGUGGAGACAGAGGAUAACAAAGAGAAGAAAUCGGCCAAGGAUGCCUUGCUGCUUUGGUGUCAGAUGAAAACAGCUGGAUAUCCAAAUGUGAAUGUCCACAACUUCACCACCAGUUGGAGGGACGGACUGGCUUUCAAUGCGAUCGUCCACAAACACAGGCCAGACCUAAUAGACAUUGACACCUUGAAGAAAUGCAACGCUCACUAUAACCUCCAGAAUGCCUUCAACAUUGCCGAAAAGGAGCUGGGUCUGACCAAGCUCUUGGAUCCUGAAGAUGUGAACGUGGACCAGCCUGAUGAGAAGUCCAUCAUUACUUACGUGGCUACAUACUACCACUACUUCUCCAAGAUGAAAGCCCUUGCCGUAGAAGGAAAACGGAUUGGGAAGGUGCUAGACUACGCUAUUGAGGCAGACAAGCUGAUAGAGAAGUAUGAGACGCUGGCCUCCGACCUGCUGCAGUGGAUUGAGCAGACAAUCCUGACGCUGAAUGACAGGAAGCUGGCCAAUUGCUUGAGCGGAGUGCAGAAUCAGUUGCAGGCCUUUAACACCUACCGUACAGUUGAGAAGCCCCCCAAGUUCACCGAGAAGGGAAAUCUGGAAGUUUUGCUUUUCACCAUCCAGAGUAAGAUGAGAGCCAACAACCAGAAGGUUUACAUGCCGCGUGAGGGGAGGCUCAUCUCUGACAUUAACAAGGCCUGGGAGCGUCUGGAGAAAGCCGAGCAUGAGCGAGAGCUGGCCUUGCGCAACGAACUGAUUCGGCAGGAGAAGUUGGAGCAGCUGGCAGCACGAUUUGACCGGAAAGCAGCCAUGCGCGAGACCUGGCUGAGCGAGAACCAGCGCCUAGUCUCCCAGGGCCGCCUUCAGUCUCAGGACUUUGGAAAACAUUUGCUUGGGGUGGAGCAUCUGCUGCAGAUCCAUGCUCUGGUAGAGGCUGACAUCGCCGUCCAGGCUGAGAGGGUGAAAGCCAUCAGCGCUGCUGCCCAGCGGUUUGCCGUUCCUGGAGAAGGAUACAAAGCCUGUGAGCCCCACAUAGUUCAGGAUCGUGUGGUAACGUUGGAGCGGUGUUAUCGGGAGCUGGUGGCGCUAGCGGCUCAACGGCGUGCUAAACUGGAGGAGUCACGCCGACUUUGGAAGUUCUUCUGGGACAUGGGUGAGGAGGAGGCCUGGAUCCGUGAACAGAGCCAAAUCCUAUCGUCAGAUGACUUUGGCAAGGACUUGACAAGCGUGCUGCGCCUCACCAGCAAGCACAACGCCUUUCACGACGAGAUGAGUGGCCGUGCCGGCCCGCUGCAGCAGACUAUCUCUGAGGGCCGCCAGCUGGUUGACGAAGGCCACUUUGGGGCUGCAGAGGUGGCUGAGCGCAUCCGGGAGAUCGAAGAGCAGUGGGAGCAGCUGGAGGCAUUGUCGGGUGAACGGGAGCGGCGUCUCCAACAAGCCUCCAACCUCUACCAGUUCCAGGCGGAUGCCAAUGACAUGGAGGCCUGGCUACUGGAUGCCCUCCGCUUGGUAUCCAGCUCAGAAGUAGGCCAUGAUGAAUACUCGACCCAAAGCCUGGUGAAGAAGCACAAAGAAGUAGAGGAAGAGAUUCACAACCAUCGUCCUGCCCUGGACGCCUUGCAUGAGCAGGCCCGAAGCCUACCACCUGCCUUUGCCCAUUCUCCUGAAGUGGACGGCCGUCUGCCUGCACUGGAGCAGCGCUAUGAGGAGUUGGUCACAUUGGCCGAGCAUCGUAAGCAAGCCCUGCAGGACGCCCUCAACCUCUACAAGAUGUUCAGCGAAGCAGACGCUUGCGGGCUUUGGAUUGGCGAAAGGGAGUACUGGAUCGAAACCAUGGAUGUCCCAGAGAAGCUGGAAGACCUUGAAGUGGUUCAACAAAGGUUUGAGACCCUGGAGCCAGAGAUGAAUAACCUGGCCUCUCGCAUUGGUGCUGUGAAUGAGAUCGCCAGCUGUCUUUUGGGCACUGACCAUCGGAACAAGGACAGCAUCCAGGGGACUCAGGAGCAGCUCAAUACCCGGUGGCAGCAGUUCCAAGUCCUGGCUAGCUGCAAGAAGGAGGCAUUAAACUCGGCACUCAGCAUCCAGAACUACUACCUGGAGUGCAAUGAGACCAAGGCUUGGAUGCGGGAGAAGACCAAGGUGAUUGAGUCCACCCAGGGCUUGGGCAACGAUCUUGCGGGUGUCAUGGCCCUGCAGCGCAAACUGGCAGGCAUGGAGCGGGACCUGGAGGCCAUCCAGGGCAAAGUGCGGGACCUGCGCGAAGAAGCAACCCGCCUGGCUGACCAGCAUCAGGAACAGGGCACUGCCAUUUUGGACCGCUCAUCGGAGGUCGAUGGGACCUGGGAUGAGCUGCGAGAGACCAUGCGGCACCGCGAGGAGUCCCUGGGAGAGGCCAGCAAGCUGCAGGCUUUCUUGCGUGACCUGGAUGACUUCCAGGCGUGGCUCCUGCGUACUCAGACGGCCAUCGCCUCGGAAGACGUGCCGGCUACCCUGCCAGAGGCAGAGUGCCUGUUGAGCCAGCAUGAAACCAUCCGCAAUGAGGUGGAUCACUACAAGGACGAUUACCGGCGUCUGCGUGCCAUCGGGGAGGAGGUGACGCAAGGCCACACUGAUGCCCAGCACAUGUUCUUGCAGCAGCGGCUUCAGGCCCUCGAUACUGGCUGGAAUGAGCUUGGUCAGAUGUGGGAGAACCGGCAUCAGCUGCUCUCGCGCGCUUAUGGCUUCCAGAUCUUCUUGCGGGACACCAAGCAAGUGGAAGGAGUGCUAAGCAAUCAGGAAUAUGUGCUGACUCACACAAACAUGCCCAGUUCCCUACAAGCUGCUGAGGCUGCCAUUAAAAAACAUGAAGAUUUCAUGAGCACCAUGGAGGCCAACGGUGAGAAGAUCAAGGGGCUAGUGGACUCAGGGCGGAAACUCAUCAUGGAAGAUAGUCUUCAUGCUGACAAGGUCCAGGAGAAGGUCAAUUCCAUUGACAGCAGGCACAGGAAAAAUCAGGAAGCAGCCCAAGAUCUGCUCGCCAGACUCCGCGACAAUCGGGAGUUGCAACACUUUCUGCAAGACUGCCAAGAGCUCACCCUGUGGAUCAAUGAGAAGAUGCUUUCUGCUCAAGACAUGUCCUACGACGAAGCCCGGAACCUCCACACCAAGUGGCAGAAACACCAGGCCUUCAUGGCAGAGCUGGCAUCAAACAAGGGCUGGCUGGAGAAGAUCCAGAAGGAAGGUGAGCAGCUGAUAGCAGAGAAACCGGAGCUGGAGCCUGUGGUGAGGGCUAAACUGGACGGCUUGCAGCAGCUCUGGGAGGAGCUGGAGGCCAGCACUCAAACCAAGGCCCAGUGCCUCUUUGACGCCAACCGUGCCGAACUCUUCACCCAGAGCUGCUCUGCUCUGGAAGCCUGGGUGAGCGGACUGCAGGCCCAGCUGCACUCGGACGACUACGGCAAGGAUUUGACCAGUGUGAACAUUUUGCUCAAGAAACAGCAGAUGCUGGAGAAUCAGAUGGAUGUUCGUGAGAAGGAGGUGGAAGGCCUCAAAUCUCAGGCAUUAGCCCUCACUCAGGAGGACUCCAAUACAGUGGAGGUAGACGGCAAAUUGCAGACAGUGAAGGAAAAGUUUGAGGAGCUGAGGGCACCGCUGCGGGAGCGCUGUGAGAAGCUGCUGGCCUCGAAGGAAGAGCACCAGUUCAAUCGGGACCUGGAGGACGAAAUUCUGUGGGUGAAAGAAAGGAUGCCCAUGGCAGUUUCUACUGACCACGGCAAAGAUCUUCCCACUGUCCAGCUGCUGAUUAAGAAGAACCAGACCUUGCAGAAGGAGAUCCAGGGUCACCAGCCACGUAUAAACGACAUUGUUGGGCGGUGGCAGGGUCUGACAUGCAGUGACCUGGAAGCGGAGCUGCAAGGCCGUGUGGAGGCAUUGCAGGAAAUGUGGCAAGAACUGCAGAACCAGGUGGAGCUGCGGCACGCGCGCCUGGAGAAAGCACAGAUGGCCCAGCAGUUCUACUUCGAUGCUGCGGAAGCAGAGGCCUGGAUGGGUGAACAGGAGCUGCACAUGAUAUCAGAGGAUAAAGCCAAGGAUGAGCUGAUUGCCCAGGCCAUGGUGAAGAAGCAUCUGGUAAUGGAGCAGGCCUUGGAAGACUAUGCCCAGACCAUCCACCAGCUCUCCAUCCAGAGUCGCGACAUGGUAAACAAUGGGCACCCAGAGAGUGAGCGGAUCACUCUCAGGCAGGGCCAAGUGGACAAGCUUUAUGCCAGCUUGAAGGACCUGGCUGAGGAGCGCCGUGCCAAGCUCCAGGAACAUCUCCGCCUGUGUCAGCUGAAGCGGGAGGUGGAUGACCUGGAACAGUGGAUCUCAGAGCGGGAGGUGGUGGCAGCCUCCCAUGAGCUUGGGCAGGACUACGAGCACGUCACGAUGCUGCGAGACAAAUUCCGGGAAUUCUCACGCGACACCAGCACCAUCGGCCAGGAGCGGGUGGAUGGCGUUAACCAGCUGGCAGACGACAUGAUCUCUGCGGGUCACUCUGAAAAUGCCACCAUUGCCGAGUGGAAGGACAGCCUGAACGAGGCCUGGGCAGACCUCCUGGAACUCAUUGACACCCGGAGCCAGAUGCUGGCGGCUUCUUACGAGCUGCACCGGUUCUACCAUGAUGCCCGUGAGACCCUAAGCCAGGUCCAGAACAAACAGAAGCAGCUUCCUGAUGAGGUGGGGCGUGACCUCAACACCGCUGAAGCCAUGCAGCGGAUGCACAGUGCUUACGAGCAUGACAUCCAGGCGCUCAGCACCCAGGUAAAGCAGGUGCAGGAUGAUGCAGCACGGUUGCAGAAGGCCUAUGCGGGCGAGAAGGCGGACGACAUCCGAAGGCACGAGCAAUCCGUAAGCGAGGCUUGGGCCGACCUGCUCAGUAGCAGCAAUGGCCGCCGGCAGCUGCUUCUCGACACUGUCGACAAGUUCCGUUUCUUCCGCAUGGUGCGUGACCUUCUGCUUUGGAUGGAUGGAGUCAAUCUUCAGAUAGAUGCGCAAGAGAAACCCAGGGAUGUGUCAGCGGCUGACUUGGUCAUCAAGAACCACCAAGGGAUCAAGGCUGAAGUUGAGGCCCGGACUGACAGCUUCAACGCUUGCAUUUCCAUGGGCAACGAGUUGCUAGCCAAGGGCCACUAUGCCUCAGACAAGAUUUCAGAGAAGUUGACCCAACUUCAGGACCGGCGCAGGGAGAUCAAUGACAAAUGGAGGGAGAAAAUGGACUGGUUACAAAUAGUCAUGGAGGUGCUGAUGUUCGGACGUGAUGCGAGCAUGGCUGAGGCUUGGCUUGCCAGUCAAGAGCCGAUUGUACGCUCAGCUGAGUUGGGCAGCAACGUGGAUGAGGUGGAGAAUCUCAUCAAGCGGCAUGAAGGCUUCCAGAAAUCGGUUGCUGCCUGGGAGGAGCGCUUCCUUUCACUGGAGAAACUAACGACGCUGGAAGAGAAUGAGCGUCGUCAGCGGGAGGAAGAGGAAGAGAGGAAAAGGAGGUCUGUGACACCACCUCUGACAGAAUCAGUAGCCACUGUGCCACAGAACCAGGCUCUGGACAACCAUGACAACAGGAUUCCAGGAGACCGAGGUCUGUCACUGGAGUUGCCAUCUCUGAAUGGAAUUGAUGCUGAUUCUGAGUCUCCCCAGAUGUCUGAGACAUCAGGUACAGUGAAUGGGUCACGGCUGGACUCCCUGUCCAAACAAAAUGAGUCCAGCCUAAUCCCAUCACCCAAACUCCGCUCCAGGCCACCUGCCCUUGGCACUGAUUCCUCUCAGUCAGCCACACUGCCCGUGCGAAUGCCAGAUUCCUCAGCCUCGGAACAGAUGGAGGGAAUGCUGUGUCGAAAGCAGGAAAUGGAGUCACAUGGCAAGAAAGCUGCCAAUAGAUCCUGGCAGAACAUCUUUUGCAUUGUGAGGAGAGGUAGUCUGGGUUUCUACAAGGACAGCAAGAAUGCCAGCAACGGCAUCCCUUACCAUGGCGAGGUACCCAUUAGUUUGCAGGGGGCGCAGUGCAACGUUGCCUUGGACUACAAAAAACGCAAGCAUGUCUUCAAGCUUGGGUUAACUGAUGGCAAAGAAUAUUUAUUCCAGACUAAGGAUGAGGCUGAAAUGAGCAGCUGGAUGCGAGUCAUCAACGCCGCGACCACCUCCGCCCCAACGCCACAAGGGCCCGCAGAGGAACAACUGCCACUCAUCAGUAAAGGAAUGACACGCACCCUGAGCAUGCCCCCUGUGUCCCCCAACAGUGGCCCUGAAGGGAGUGUCACGCUGCGUAGCAAAGAGACGAAGGAGAAGGACCGCGAGAAGCGCUUCAGCUUUUUCAAGAAGAACAAAUAGAGGAGUCCCGCGAAGGGAACGGGCGGGCAGGGGACUGCAUCUGCUGAGUCUGUGCAAAACGGAUGGUCGGGGUGGGUGUGGCGAGGGAUUUCGGACCUGGGGAAGACUGGGGAUCAACACAGCUGACAGAGACCACAGUUAUUUUUCUUAGUACUGCAGAUUGCAUGAAGCAUCUCCAAACUUUACACGGAAUGCCUCUCCUCCCUCCCCCCACGCCAGGGGAAAAAACAAAACAAAACCCAAACGCAAAACCAGGCCAUGCUGCCUCAAUUGGAGCACAUUUUGCGAGGUGAAGCCAUGUCAGGAAUCGGGUCUGAGGCGCUGCGCUCGGAAGAGGCUCUUGCAGGGGGAAAUAAGAAUCACCAAAGUGUGGAUGUCUCAGGAGUGUGGGCCAGGGAGCAUGAGCGAUGCACAUCAUCUGUCAUUCUGUAUGCACAGGGACUCGGGGGCUGCUGAAUGUUUUCCAUUACCAAGCUGGCAUCAACAGUCUGUCGGGUACAGGAAGAAAUGGGGUUCUUUGGGCUUCUGAUGUUGAGGAUUUCUCCUUCCCCCACUACAGACCUGAUCCUCUUAGUCAGAAAAGGCUUCUACCAUCUGAUCCCACCCCCCACCCCCAUUUCACCUCCUGUUGUAGGAUUGCUCUAGACGACACUCCUCUAUCCUUUGCUGGCUAACCUGAAGUGGGUGCUGCUGAGUCAGAAUGGUGUCUGAAAGGAACGCAGCCUGUUUGGAGGUGGAAAGAAAAUCAGGUUUCAAGGAGAGGCCUGUUUCCUGAGGCACUGCUAGCCCCAUAUAAGGCCCUAAUAGAGCAGGACUGUGGCAUAACCCAUACUGUAGGACAGAGUCCAUGCUACGCAGCUAUAAAGUUGGGUGAAAAUUUAAGCAGAAGGAGCAAGAGAUGCAGUGAAGGCUCUUUUGCCUCUAAAACGAUCAGCCGCCCACGCUGGCUUUCCUGUCAUCUCUGCUUCCUUCCUGUCUUGGAAGCCAGCCAGGAGAAAUGUGGGUUUGGCGUGCUGAAUGCAGCUGAUUGGAGAAGAGGUUCAGGGCCUCCCUGUGUUUUGUAUCUAAAAUUGCACUCAAACUCUCUCCCUUUACAAAGUUACCUUAUACUGUAUUGUCUACCCUGACAGGAAAUGGCGCUCCAGGCCUCAGGAAGCAUUCUCCCAACACCUGCUCCUUUUAAAUGGAAAUGUCAAGAACGCCACUUUACAGUUGUGUGGCAGGCUGCCUUCUUACACACAGCUCCACCACUCUUAAUUGUAGGUAGGGACUCUUAGUAUUCCACCCAAGAACCUUCUCUGUUCUCUCCACUGCUCCUGCCAGGCGUUGAUUUCUUGAGGCACCAUUUGGAGUAGCCUACUGCCAAGGCCUAUUUAGUACAACACUCUACUUCUAUUGGUGUCAGCCAGGUGGCCCAUAAGGUAAGUCAAUUAGCAGAGUCUGACAGACAGAUAUCCUGUCAUCUGGUGCUCAGAAAUAUCCUGCCUCUUAAUACGGAGGUUCCAUUUUCAGUGAUCAUGGCUGAUCCGUGAAUGUAUCUGAGCUUGCUAUUUUUUUUUUUAGCCUCUAGUUCUAAAGACCGUUUCAGUAUCCUGUGGCGACGAGUCAUAGACCUCUGUCCCAAAAACGGGUGGGGAACUGAAGGGAGCAGACCCUCUAGUUUUAUAAAGCCAGUCCUUCAAACAACACUACUCAGGGUCCUUCUAAAAAGACGAGUCAGGAAAUUUUUAUUUCUGAAAACUAUAUCAGGAGGAACUGGCAUUUCCAGGGGAGGAAUAUGUGUCUUCGUUAUUGCCAGAAUCUUGUAACUUUGCCCGAUAGUGGGGACUGAAGUUUCUCCGUUGGUCCUUCAGAGCUUGCUGUCCGACAGGUGCUCUUUACCUGCCGAGCCCCUGCACGAGCGGGAAUCUCUCCACUUCUCAGUUUUGCAUCCCACACCGCUGUGUUCCUGCUCCAUCCCUUUUCUAGUUGGGUUUUCUGACCUGUGCCUUCCUUUUUCAUAAUCGUAUGCUUCCCUGAUGACCUGUUAUAUCCUUUUCCUCUCGCCUCAAGAUAGCAACGCCUCCUGCCCCCGCCACCCCUUACAAAGGAUGCAGAGGGUGCCUGGGUGCCAGGCUCCUAGCUGAGUCCACAAAGGCCUGGCUUAGUAUGGCCCAACACUGCUUGGAUUGCGGAAAGUAAUUGGGAUGGGGAUUUCGAGGCAGGGUUCCUGGCUUAAACCAAGGCCCUUCCCAGCACACGCCUAUGAGGGCCCUGUUCCCAGUGGCAUCCUGGUGGCAUUUCUGUGCUUGUGGGAGACGUUAUUCACGUAUUUGCAGUGGCAUCUGUUCUGAUUUUUUUUUUUGGACAGAAAUAAACAAGAAAUAAUCUGUGUA